AUGUUUAUAUACAACUACUUUAAUCCCAAGCCUCCUGCACACGAAUCCCAAAACCAAACACAUACCAACCACAAUAAACAUUCAAAGAAGCCGGCCGACAACAAGCACACUUCUACAAACAAACAGCACAAACACAAGCCUCCAAUGUCCCCUUCAACACAAUCCGUGUUUGAGUCUCUGCCCUCACAAUCUCAUGACGCUAUAGACAAUGAAGAUGACAACACUUCAGUUAGACGACCAAUAGACAGCGGGACUAGGUAUAAGGUGGUCGACGAGAUAUGUAAAGAGACAAACUUGUACAGCAUUCUAGGCGUUGAACGAACUGCCGUGCAAGAAGACUUGAGGAAGGCCUACAUCUCGAGAUCUCGCAUUUGUCAUCCGGACAAAUUCCCAGAAUAUCCAAAAGCAACGGAAGCAUUUCAGAAAUUGGCUUAUGCAUACGAAACGCUUAACAAGCCAUCAACACGACGUGCUUAUGAUAUAUCAGGAUGUAGCGACUUGAGCUUGGUUAAUGGAAUGGGUGACGAGACACUACAUGGAGUCUUAUACCAGUUGUUCCUGGAAUUCAUGGAUGGUGACUUUGAGAUGAUUAGAGCACUAGUUAAUGCCUUGAAUGAGGGGAACCCGAAUCUCAAUCUCGGAGAUGAUUGGAUUGAAAAUAUGGAACACGUAUUCGGGCGAAUAAGAGAACUACUUUUAGCUGGCAAAAAGUACAUAAAAAUAGUCCAAUAUGAACUAAUCACCCUUUAUGACAUCCAACAAGAGCUACGCGCGCUCUCGUACUUUGACGUUUUUGGUCGUCUCCGUUUAAGCCUUCAACUGGCGAAAAUCUUCUUGAAGAUACCCACACUUAUCGAUGAUGCCAUGAAAGCAGAACAUGAACAGACCGGCACUCCCGGAACCAAAGGAGGUUUAUUGGGAGAUGGCAUGGCUAAGGUGAUUGCUGGAUUAGUCAAAGUAUUAGAGAACGGAGAGAAGUUUGUAUAA